AUGCUGGGAACACUAACGGUGAGAGAGACAAUAAAUUACUCAGCGAAACUAAGACUUCCAAGUAGCAUGAGGAAAGAAGAGAUGAAUGAGAUAAUAGAGGGAACAAUUACGGAGAUGGGUCUUGAAGAAUGUGCAGAUAGGUUAAUAGGGAAUUGGCACUUGAGAGGUAUAAGCGGUGGAGAAAAGAGAAGGCUAAGCAUAGCUCUUGAAAUCCUCACAAGGCCUUCUCUCUUGUUCCUUGAUGAACCCACCAGUGGUCUCGACAGUGCCUCAGCAUAUUUUGUUGCCCAAACUUUGAGAAAUUUGGCUCAUGAUGCCAAGACUGUUAUCUCUUCUAUUCACCAACCGAGCAGUGAGGUUUUUGCUCUCUUUGACCAUCUCUUUCUUCUUUCUGGGGGUCAAACAAUAUACUUUGGACCUGCACAAAAGGCAACUGAGUUCUUUGCCAAAGCCGGAUUCCCAUGUCCAAGUAGAAGAAACCCUUCUGAUCAUUUCCUCCGUUGUAUCAAUUCAGACUUCGAUGCUGUUACAACCACUAUGAUGGCCUCUCAAAGACUUCGU